GACAUGUUCUGCGAUCUCAAGCAGGUGAUCCAGGUAUGUCUACUUUUAGAGCAGGAAGAAGCAGCCGAGGACGGAGAUGAAACGGAAGAAGAGCAAAUUAGGGCUGCCCGGAAGAAGAUUCUGGCUGACUGUGAUGAAAUCACUCGUGCACGGUACAAGCGGACGUUCGAAUACGUCACGGAACACGCCCCUUAUCUUGGGACUCUGAUUGGCCAGAGGAAAAAACGCGAGGAGCUCAUGCAACUCAUCGGCGAGAUGCAGCAUAUGAUCAAUCACACACGCUCCGAGGACGCGAGUCGCCUCAAGGCCCACAUGGGCUCAUACGCAGCUCCGCACCCUGAUAAAGAGCUCGUCUACCCUCCAAUUGCUGACGACAGCAAGAAUCACGCCAAAAUGGGAUUCAACCACGCCCAGCUGGGCAAAAUGCUUUGUCCUGCUAAGCAUCUAGUCGACUACAUCAAGGAUCCCGCAAGUUCACUCGACAAAUGGAAGGAUAAGGACACCCUCUUUCAUUACCCUGACUUCUACACUAGGAUGGUAAAGUUAAUUCGGGGGAGGAAAGACGGAGAGUGGGUCGAUUCCCUCCUAGCACAUUAUAAUGAGUAA